AUGUCUACUGACAAGAUCACCUUCCUGACCAACUGGCACGCGACUCCGUACCACGCCCCCCUUUACCUUGCGCAGAGCAAAGGCUUCUUCAAGGAGGAGGGCCUCAAGGUUGCUCUGCUCGAACCCAAUGACCCCUCCGAUGUCACCGAGAUUAUCGGCAGUGGCAAGGUUGACAUGGGUUUCAAAGCCAUGAUCCACACUCUGGCCGCCAAAGCUCGCAACUUCCCUGUCACCUCGAUCGGCUCUCUCCUUGAUGAGCCGUUCACUGGUGUCAUUUACCUAAAGGGUAGCGGGAUCACCGAAGACUUCCGCUCUUUGACGGGUAAGAGGAUUGGCUAUGUCGGCGAGUUCGGCAAGAUCCAAAUCGAUGAGUUGACCAAGUACUACGGCAUGACGGCGGACGACUACACCGCUGUGCGCUGCGGCAUGAACGUGACCAAAGCGAUCAUCGAGGGCACAAUCGACGCGGGAAUUGGUCUCGAGAACGUGCAGAUGGUCGAACUGGCCGACUGGCUGGCGAGCCAGAAGCGCCCGCGCACCGACGUGCAGAUGCUGCGCAUCGAUCAGCUUGCGGAGCUUGGCUGUUGCUGCUUCUGUUCCAUCCUGUACAUCGCCAACGACGCCUUCCUGGCUGCCAACGGCGAGCGCGUUCGCAAGUUCAUGAAUGCUGUCAAGCGUGCCACCGAGUACGUCCUUGCUGAGCCCGCCCAGGCCUUCGAGGAGUACAUCGCCAUGAAGCCCAUCAUGGGCACCCCGGUUAACCGGCAGAUCUUCGAACGGUCGUUCGCGUACUUCAGCCGCGACCUCAAGAACGUCCAGCGCGACUGGAACAAGGUCACCAACUACGGCAAGCGGUUGGGAAUCUUGGACGCGGGCUUCCAGGCGAACUACACCAAUGAGUUCCUGUCCUGGGAAUUGGAUGCCGAUUCCACCGACCCACUGGGCGAUCAGAAGCGCAUGGCUGCAUUGCAGAAGGAGGUGGCUGAUCAGGGCGGUUUCCGCCGGUUGCAAGUGGCCUCUGCUUGA